AUGCUCACCGCGAUUCAGCUGCAGACUAUUCACUCCAUCAUCGACGCUGUCGAGGGUGAAGGCUCACCGUCUGGGCUGUUUUACUCCAGCUACCGCAAGAAUCGCCGCGCCCAGUACUUGACGAGUCAAGCACACAACGUCCUCGUAUCCCUGCGUGACGAGAUGAGUGCCGUUGACCGAGAGGUCUAUGCGGUUCUAUAUGCGCGCCUCGAGAAUACAGCCAACUUCCACGAUGCCUCGCGCUACUUGCAAGUUGCAGAAGAGUUAUGGGAGUUUGCGUUGGGCGCCUUCCAAGACGUAUCUUACCGGUCCAUCACCGGUCCUUCACGCCAGUCCGUUCCCGCUUCUACCACGCCUCGCCCGAUACCCGUACAGCCUUCUCCGAAGAUGGCUCCUUCAGCGGGAACACCUCCGCCUCCCUAUUGCUGGUCACCAGCUCCGCGGGCAUAUCUGAUGUUUGGAUGGGUGCCAGGAUGGAUACCGGUACCACAGUGGUACUUAAGUUGA